CAUAGCUCUGGAUACACAAUAGUAUCCAUGAUUGGAUGGAGGAGGUGCUCUGUAGGCGGAUAACUCAGACACUUAAAGCAGCCCGCUUUAAACCGCGUCCAGUUCAAUUGUGCUGUGCCAUACGCAAAAAUUAGCUGGGAAGACGCUACACCCGGAUCGCAUUGUUAAUUCAUUGGGUCUGUAGGAGAAGAGAGCACGAGACACCGUGAACGAGACAACGCAAGGACGCGACAGGACUGGUGGGGAGCUAUUUAGGAACUCCUCUGGGACAGUAUUUCGUAUUGACACCUUAGAGGAGAGAGGAGGCCAGUCACCAGGACUUCACACACUCAGAGAGGGAUCAUUGGGCGAGUCCGUCUGCAACCAUGGAAGCUGCUCCAUCCGAGAUGAACACCAUUCCCAAUGGCAAGGGACAUGAGACAGCGGAGGGGACGACCUCUUCUGCCAAAUCACCAGUCGACAACUCCGCACAAGAAACUGUAUCCAGCUGUACCCAAAACUCAACGGAAACUGCACCUAGUGCUGCACAAACUGCCACGGAAACCGUUCCCAAUAGCACAGAAAGCACAACGGACGCUGUCCCCAAUUGUACAGAGAGUACUAAGGAAAAUGCACCUAAUAGCACUCAGAAUGACACCACCAACAGAACUGAGGAUACUGAGGCAAAUCUGGCAGAAAGCCAUGAGUUUUUGUCUCCUGUGGAUGACAAAAAAACUCCACGCUUCACAGAUUUCGAGGGGAAGACCUCCUUUGGAAUGUCCGUGUUCAACCUGGGAAAUGCCAUUAUGGGCAGUGGAAUUCUGGGAUUGGCAUACGCCAUGGCCAACACUGGCAUCGUCUUGUUUUUGUUCCUGCUAACGGCAGUGGCAGGCCUCUCCUCCUACUCCAUCCACUUGCUGCUCAAGUCCUCAGGCAUUGUGGGCAUCAGAGCAUAUGAACAGCUGGGUUACCGAGCUUUCGGGACACCAGGAAAAAUGGCUGCCGGCAUUGCAAUCACCCUGCAGAAUAUUGGAGCCAUGUCCAGCUACCUGUACAUCAUCAAGUAUGAGCUUCCCCUGGUCAUCCAGGCCUUCUGCGGGGUGGAUAAGCCAUCAGGCGAGUGGUACCUGAAUGGGAACUACCUGGUGAUCAUCGUGUCCAUCAGCGUGAUCCUGCCGCUGGCCCUGAUGAAGCAGCUCGGUUAUCUGGGCUACACCAGUGGCUUCUCCCUCAGCUGUAUGGUGUUCUUCCUGAUCGCUGUCAUAUAUAAGAAGUUCCAGUUGCCCUGUCCCUUUGAGGAGUUCUCCUUCAACAGGACGAUCACGGCCAGUCUGAUGAAUGCCAGUGUAAUAGCUGAGCCUCGAGGGGGGAUCGAGGCAGUGGUCGACCCAUCAUGUGUGCCUAAAAUGUUCAACAUCAACUCAAAGACAGCCUACACAAUCCCCAUCCUGGCAUUCGCUUUCGUGUGCCACCCCGAAGUCCUGCCCAUCUACACAGAGCUGCGCAACCCCACCAAGAAAAAGAUGCAGCAUGUGUCCAACAUCUCCAUUGCAGUCAUGUACACCAUGUACUUCCUGGCUGCUCUGUUUGGAUAUCUGACCUUCUAUGAGAGAGUAGAGUCUGAGCUUCUGCACACCUACAGCAGAAUUGAUCCGUACGACACCCUUAUCCUGUGUGUGCGUGUUGCUGUGCUCACAGCCGUCACGCUCACCGUACCCAUAGUCCUCUUCCCGGUUCGUCGGGCCAUCCAGCAGAUGCUGUUCCCCAACAAGACCUUCUUUUGGCCGAGGCACAUUGCCAUCGCCUUUGUUCUGCUCACCAUCAUCAACCUGCUAGUUAUCUUCGCCCCCAACAUCCUCGGCAUCUUUGGGUUUAUUGGUGCCACGUCUGCCCCCUGUCUAAUCUUCAUCUUCCCUGCGGUCUUCUACAUCCGCAUCGUGCCCAAAGAGGACGAACCUCUGCGCUCUCCUCCCAAGAUUCUGGCCAUCUGUUUUGCCAUCCUUGGCAUCCUGUUUAUGAUAAUGAGCUUGAGUUUCAUCAUCAUCGAUUGGACAACAGGGAGCAGUAAAGCCAGCAGUGGUCACUAAGCCCUUCCCACCAUCAUUUGCAAGUGGGGUGUUUUGUUUUUAUAAUUUAAUUUGUAUCUCCUGUGUAUCAUUUUGAGUCAUUAUUGUAGAGAAUGCACUCUCUCUCUUUCUCUCUCUCUCUCUCUCUGUCUCUAUCUCUGUCUCUCUCGUUCUCGUUCUCUCUCUCUGUGGAAAGUUGAGACAAGGCCAGUGUACAGCAGGGGCAUUCAGAAGCCUGGAUAGUUAUUGCAGUCAUUUCAAAACGUUAGUUCCUCGUGUCCUUGGCUUCCACUCAGAGCCACGGUGUCUGUGUUUGUCUCUGUGUCCGUGUGAAGGUGCCCGCCAAAGUUACCCUGCUCCAAAAUAAGCAAUCCCAACUUUCCAGGACAGAAAAAGAUGGUGCAUUCUCUCCAAGCAAAGGGUGUCUCACCUCUCAAGCAGAUUUAAAAAAAAAAAAAACUGGUCCCAUUUCUCAUCUCCCAUGACUGAGUAGGAACACUCAAUGUUUUUUUUUUUUUUUUUUUUUUUGCGUGUCUCUUUGCUAUAACCUCUCACCUACACAAAUGCGGAACCACGGUCAUCUAUGGAGUGUCUUUGGGAGAACCAGAGCCUCGAAGGAAGGGAGGCUGCGUGAGUGUGCUUUCAUAGUAGUCUAUGUACCUGUGGUGCAACAGUCAACAGUAAUAACUUAUUAUUAUCCUCUAGCACAGUGGUUCUUAAACAUUUUGAAGCAGAGGCAGAGAAUGUCUUCUCUCAUAGGUAGGCUAUAUCAACACCAAAUGCAAAUCAUUUUGCGACCCCUCCAAUAUUUUUGGCGACCCCCAGUUUAAGAACCACUGCUCUAGCACAUGGCAAUAUUCUGUGCAAUAGCUGAAGGAAGGGCUUGACCAGGAAAGCUAGCUGACAGACUACUUCUUUCUGUGGCAACAUAGCCUUUUGUUUUUUGUUUUUUGGUAGUUUUGUUUUGUUGUUGUCAUGGUGCACCCCACUGUGUUAGUCACAUCUAGUUUAGAUACAUUUAUGAAAUAUGUGAGCGGUGUCAACAUGUAUGUAGCAUACAUACAAACGGUGUGCAGACUUUAGGGUUACACUUGAUACAAAAAACAGGAGUCUGUGUCUAUAUCUCAUAAAAGCAUUCUGGCUCAGUGGCAUCUGAGCUUCAUCUUGCUUCUUAUUUACUCUUCUUCCAGGAAAGCAUAUCAAUGUCAAUGACACUCUGUUCUGGAAAGUUCCUAGUUAUUUCAAGAACAUCUUCUGAUCUCAUGUGUGUUUUUAGCUGUGUCCUGUAUAUCAGUAUCUCUAUGUUUGGGUUGAAAACACUUGUAACCUCUGAUUCACGAUGGCCGCCAUUAUGUCACUGUAAACAGAUGCUGUUUGUUUUGUGAAAAGGUCAGUUGGUUUUGGUGAGUAUUGACUGGUGUUUGACUUUGGGUUUUUUUCCAUGGCGGUGGUUGUGUGGUGGUGUUAUCUUGUUGUUUCUGAGUAUUAGACAGAAAGUAGUCAGAGAUAACCAAAAAGUGUAUAAGUAUAUAAACAAAAGUAUAUAGAUAAAGUAUAUAAAUGAAUUUACAGGGUCCUCUCUUCUUAAGGAGAGUUUAAGGAGGAUAUAUGUAAACAGUUUUGCUUAUUAGAGAUUCAACUCAGCUAAAGGCUGAGUUGUUCUCAAGACUUUAGCAGCUGCUGUGUGUUUUCCCGUCUAUGUGGUAUCUGUGUGCAUAAUGUGCAUGCGUGUGUGGGGGCGUGGAUGUGUGUGUGUGUGUGUGUGUUUUUGUGUGUGUGUGUGUGUGUGUGUGUGUGUGUGUGUGUGUGUGUGUGUGUGUGUGUGUGUGUGUGUGUGUGUUGGCAGGUAUGAUUGCAGCACUAGUUUUUUAGGUCCACCCACACAUCGUGAGGGAUUAGGGCUUUUUCUGCUCAGCCAAACUCGAGUGGCAGAAUAAAAAAACUAUGGGAUUAAGGUUUGAAAUUGGAUUGAAUUUUGUUAGGUUUGACCUCAUUCAGCAAAGGUCACUGCCUGUCUGUAAUGCAUGGCUGUGUAGCUGUGACGAGAUAUUAGCUAUAGCACUUUCAUCCUAAAGCACAACAUCAUAGAGCCAUUAAUCAACUGACUGGGUGAAAUUAUGUUGUGUACAAGUACUCAUAGGGUAAUGUGUUUUGUAGGCAUAAUUACAUGGCAUAUGGGCUGUAUCGUUCAACUAAUCUUUAAGUGAAAUGUGGUAUUGAAAUUCUUAAUAAGGCACAAGAAACUGCUCUCAGAAAAUGUUGAAUUUGUCGUCUAACAUGGUACAAGAAUGUUUUUUUUAUUUUUUAUUAUAAUCAGUGCUUACCGUCCCAAAUUGUCUGUGCUGCCCCAUUUUAAGCGGCCAUUGUCAUUUACAGUGUUAACAUUGUGAUGUGAUUUCCGUCCUCGUCCUUAAAGUACUGGGAAAACUGUAAGACUCAUUCAGUGGAUGUCCUGUAAGGAUCAGUGAAUAUUAUUAAAAAAAAGAUGAGGAAAAAGAAAAUACUAAAAACUAUAAACAUAAAGUAGGUGUAUUAAACCGUGGUACUUUUUUAGAUGAGUUUUGUGAGGUUUCCAAUGGAUUGAUGGACCAUGUGUUUAAUUGCAUUAUUAAUCUCGGAUCAGUUUGAAGGCCUGGAGCAAAAUGUCAGUCAGUUUCUCCCCCCUGCGCUCCAAGCACACUAAGGAAAAUGACAAGAAGGAGGCUUAAAAAAUCAAUGAAGACCAUUGCAUAGGCUUCUUCAUCCCUGAGUGGUUCAGAGUAAUUUUCUUCUUUAGCAUCUGAGAAGACUAAACGUUGUCUUUUUCCAUGUUGGAUAUGCACAUCCUUACAGCACAGAGUUUGGUAAUAAUAGUGUUCCUGAUAUUUUUGAUAUAUAUUUUAAUGUUUAUUUUGUCAACAAAUAAAAAAAAAAAUAUGGUUUGUACCACAAAACCUCUUUCUCCCCUUGGUCAUGGAUUCCUGUGACCAUUUGUGUGUGUGCGUCAGUAUUCAGAGACAUGUUGGUCAAUAUAAUUUCCUUCUCUCAUUUUAUAUGUGAGGUCUUCUGCCACCUCCGGUGUAUCAUGGUCUCAUUCUUGCUGCAUUUGUGAUGAUUUUUGAGGAUUUGUCCCUCUGCUUUGAUCCUCUUGUUGGAAAUGAACCAGACCCGUCAGAGUCAUUCAUGUUAGACAGACUGGCAGUGAGGGGAGAAGAUUCUCAGACAAGGUUCAGUACUAAUUCCUGAUAAAAAAAAAAAAAAAACCUUGAGCAUGUUGAUUGGUUCACAUUUCAAGAGCAAAACGUUAGCACUUAAACUCACAGUGGCAGUUAAACUUCAUCUUAAUUGUACUGUAUCAAAUGGCACAAAUUGAAUCAAGUAAUAAAAUGUAUAGCACAAUACAUGGUUGAUUUGUCCCUUAUAAGGUCAUAAUAGCUACUUGGUGGCUAUCAGCCUACAUGACAUUUCAAAGAAAUGUAAAGAGGUGAAGCACACCAGUUCCUGUUAAUGAGCACUGGAAGGAAAUGUUUGAAAGUCUGGACAAUUUCCAACAAAAACCUUUCAUGUGUCUGGUAACCAGGUCUUAUUAAUUUCACUCUUUACCCUUUGUGAUUCAGUGAAAAUAUAUAUAAAAUAUAUGGGUGAAUAACAAACUUGUAUGAGUUUUGACUUACGUGGCAGCAUUUAUAAAUAAUGUAUAUAAAUGUAAACCCUUUAUAUUCAAUAUGCACAUCUAGUUUGUACAUUGUAAAUAGAAGGAGCAGGUUUUAGUCAGAUAUUAAAAAGAAACAAAUGUAAUAAUUUUUAAAGUGCUUUUUAAAAAGCCUUCAAUUUAUGUCUUUAUUUUCUGUUAUCUCCAAACAUUGAGUACAUUGCUGGCAGUUAUUGUACUGUAAACAAUGUUGAAAUAAAAAAAGAAAAAAAAUAUUUUA